AGUUGUUUGUUUGUUUUCAUUUUUAUUAUUCACGCUCAAUUGUAUGUAAAAAUAUCAAUUGAGAGAUGAUUUAAAGUUUUUGUAGUACAAAAAUCUGAAAAUUUCAAAUGCGACGUUUGCGGCUCCCACAUAAAAAACGACGCAAAACAACGAGAGCUUGAUUUGAAACUGUUUUGUUAAUUGUGUAAAAUUAAUUUAAAAGCUAACGAGCUGAACGGUUUAAUGUUUAGUUAAGAAGUGUGAAGGACAAGCAACAGAUCCAGUUGUUUCAAGAUCAUUAAAUGAUUAGCUAAUCAACUGUCCUGCCACCUCUAACGGCUUCAGCUUAUGAGUUUGACUUCUUUUCAUUUUGAGAUUUUUGUCAUAAUUCCAGGCUUUGUAUGAAUCACAGCUUAUUGCCCACGGUGCGCACAAGUCCUUAUAUACUGGUGUGCAUAAAUAUUUUCGUUGAUCACAGGCAUUAUCAAGGUGUGGUAUCACAAUCAUAGUGUGUAGAUCAAGGCUGAUCAAGAUGUCUGUUGAUUCGUCUGCACUCUUGGCUUCGGCGAGGCACGAGAAGUCGCUCAGUCUGCUCACCACCCGCUUUGUAUCGCUUCUGCAAGAGUCCUCUGACGGAGUGCUGGAUCUGAAACAUGCUGCUGACCUUCUAGAAGUGCAUCAGAAAAGGCGCAUUUAUGAUAUCACAAACGUUUUGGAGGGCAUCGGCUUGAUUGAAAAGACAAGUAAAAACAGCAUAGUCUGGAAGGGUGGUGGCCCUGGCACCAACACACAGGAAGUUCAAGACAAACUGUCGUUCCUGAAAUCAGAUGUGGCCAUGUUGGAAUCGAAAGAAGCGCUUCUGGACAAGCACAGACAGUUUGUGCUGAUGAGCAUAAAGAACAUCACCGAAGACCCGAGUAACUACAGCCACGCCUACACGUGGCACGAGGACCUGUGCGGCUGCUUUGAGGGCGACACGCUGCUGGCGGUGCAGGCGCCCAGCGGCACCCAGCUGGAGGUGCCGCCGCCGGUGAAGGACUCGGAGACCGACAACAACCGGUACACGAUUCACAUGCGCUCGUCGGCUGGCCCGAUUAACGUGCUGUACGUGAACCGGGAGCCGGACGGGGCCAGUCCCACCUCCGUCCAGGUGCCGCCGCCGCCGCCGCCGCCGGCCGCUGCCGGACAACAGGUGCCGGAGUCGGCGCCGGAGCGCACAGCCCCGGAGCCCGGUGCGCCGCCGGCCGCCGCCUCCAGUCCGCAGCCCGCUGCUGCCGCUGCCGCCGUCAGUCCGCCUCCGACCCCGGCCGCGACAGCACCGCCACCCCGGCACGAGCCCGGCGCGGCCGACUGUCUGCUGCCUGCCGUAUCCUGCGGCCUCUCCCAUCCGGACGUGUCCACUCCCGUCCCAGAGCCCGAUCCCGGCGAGUUCCGACCAGCCUUCCAUCUCACACCUCCGGCGACGGACAAGGACUUUUGGUUCAAUCUGGAGCCGCACGAGGGUGUGCUGGAUCUCUUUGACGAAAUCAACUGGCCUCAAGGGCUAUGAUUCAAGUCGAGCUCGGGUCUGUCUGAACGUCCCCGGUUCGUAAGUGGUGUUUGAACUUGCUAUUCCAGCAGCAGACCGGGUACGGUGUUGGACGGUGCCUUGUCAUAUGUUGUGUGCGAUGUGAUACGUUCGCCGUUACCUACACGUGGAAUGUCGGUUCAGCCGGUGAUACGACCCGCGGCGCUACGACGAAGGAUUGCGGCGUGGCUCCCCACUCUGGGUGAGGGACCUUCGCGUGGGAGUUGUGUUACCGAUGGUUGGGCGCGGACAGGCUGGUCAUGGCUGAUAUCGUUUUAUCGUCGGCAUCUGUGCAGUGCCGUUUCGUAUGGUUACACAAGUGACCAUUUCGAACAUACGCAGUUACCUAGAAUGUUCAAUCACUUCCAUUUCUCAUUGUCAUGUUAGUCACGAGAGCGCAACAUCAGCGAACAUCGUUAUUAUUGGGUACAAAUACAGUGCUCCGUGUGCUCA